UACAAGUUAAUGGAGUAUUGCAUUUUGUAUAAAUAAAUAUAUAGUGAUAAUGGCACCGAGACGAGUUGAAGAAAUACCUGUUAAAAGAGUGGCAGCAUUAGGUUGCAAAUUACCUAAUCAAUUACCAGCUGGUGAAAUACUGACAGAUAUUACUCAAAAAAAAUGGAAAUUAGGACACACAAUAGGAUAUGGUGGAUUUGGUGAUAUAUAUUUAGCAUCAAAUGACAUUAAUGCACCAAUUGAACAAGAUGCAAAAUAUGUAAUAAAAAUUGAACCACAUAAUAAUGGACCACUUUUUGUUGAAAUGAAUUUUUAUAUAAGAGCAGCUCGAAAACAUAUGAUUGAUACUUGGUGCAAGUCACAAGGAAAAAGACGAAUAGGUGUUCCAACAUAUGAAGGAUCAGGUUCUCACAUAUAUCAAGGACAGAAAUAUAGAUUCUUAGUCAUUCCAAGAUAUGGCAUUGAUAUUGGAAAAUUGUUUAUAUCAAAUGGGAAAAAAUUACCAAUUAAACUUGUUAACAGGCUAACUGUUCAAAUGUUGGAUGCACUUGAAUAUAUUCACAGUCAAGGAUAUGCUCAUGCAGAUGUUAAAGGGUCAAAUAUUUUGUUAUCUUUAAGCGAAGAAGAUAUUACUACAAAAAAGUUUCAAGCUUAUUUAGUUGAUUAUGGGUUAGCUUAUCGUUUCCGUACAGGCGCAGGUAUACAUAAACCUUUUGUUCAUGAUGAAAGAAGAGCCCAUGAAGGAACAUUAGAAUUUACAUCAAGAGAUGCACAUCAUGGAACACAUUCAAGAAGAGGAGAUUUAGAAACAUUAGGGUAUAAUAUUUUGCAAUGGUUAUGUGGUAAAUUACCUUGGCAAAAGGAAAAUGAUAGUGCAACUUCUACUAUGGAUCCAGAAGAAGUGCAUGCACAAAAAGAAAUUUUACUUUCAAAUUUACCUUUAUUUAUGGAUAAAUGUUUUCCUUACAAAAAAGAAACCCCGACUGCCAUUAUGGAAUACAUGAAAUAUGUUACUGAAAUGGGAUUUGAAACUAAACCUAAUUAUUCCUACCUACGUAGUUUAUUUCAAUAUGGAUCUAAGCAAAAGAAUGAUGUUCCUACAUGUUUACAUCGUAUAAGAGAAUCUAAUGAAAAUAUUUCUUAUCCCAUGUCUUUCAAACGACCAUACUUACGAGAAAGGAAACCUUGUAAACCCGUUAAUGGCGAGAUACGCGUAACGCGAAAUACACAACCCAAAUAUCCAGUUGAACGAAAAAAAUUUUGUUGGGAAGCAGUGUUAGCGCUCCAUCCUGAUAAACUCGCAAAAAUUAGUCUACAAACUCCACCUUCGCCACUUACACCUCCUCCAUCUCCUCCUCCUCCUCCAUCCUUGCCUACAUAUGCUAUGUUAAGCGUAAUUCAAAAAAUGAAAGAAAAACAAUCAGGCGCAUUUCGAACAAAAUCGAUACCAAAAUCAUUAGAAGAUCUUAAAACGAAAUCGAUGACACCAGCUAUGGAACAAAUAGUUCAAUUAAAAGGGAAACCUUCUUUAACAACACUUUCUUUAGCUAAAUCUUCUCCGCGUUUGACACGUUCCCGAGUAGCUAAAUUAAAACGACUUGGAAACAAGAAAUCUUACAAACAAAUACAAAGCAACAAAAGAAGAAAAGCUCCAUCGACAUAAGUAUCUCUAAAUAUUACACAUCUUCAUUCCUUGGACAAUGGA